ACAACAGUUUGAACACCCAAUAGCAUUUAAUUCGUGGUGUAUCAUAGCAGAGGCCGGGCCGGUAUUCUCCCAUUCCCCCACUUGUUGUUGUUGUCCUGUUGUUGUUAUUGUGAUACAAGUAGUGCGAAAGACUUGCAGAAAAUAAUUGAAUUUUUCAUACAACAAAAAAAUAAAAGUAAAAUGUCGGAUCUUCCCAGUGUUUUGAACAAGUUAUUCAGUUUUAUCGAUGAAAACAAAUCGAAAUACAUUGAUGUCUUGAAGACAGCUGUAGCUAUUCAAUCGGUUUCCGCAUGGCCGGAUAAGCGAGCUGAAAUCCAACAUAUGGUUGAAUGGACCGCAGAGAAAUUGAAAGCAUUGGGCACCGAAAUCGAAUUUGCCGAUAUUGGAGAGCAACAAUUGGCUGAUGGCAAGAAAAUACCUUUGCCCAAUGUAAUACUGGGUGACUUGGGAAAGGACCCUAAAAAGAAAACUGUUUUAGUCUAUGGCCAUUUAGAUGUUCAACCUGCCCUUAAAGAAGAUGGCUGGGAUACCGAGCCUUUUGUAUUGACCGAAAAAGAUGGUAAAUUAUAUGGCCGCGGUGCAUCCGAUGAUAAGGGACCUGUGCUUUGCUGGAUUCAUGCCAUUGAAGCUUUCCAAAAACUCAAUAUUGAAUUGCCCGUAAAUGUGAAAUUUGUCUUGGAAGGCAUGGAAGAGAGCGGCAGUGAAAAUUUGGAUGAACUCUUAAUGGAACGCAAAGAUGGUUUUCUUGCCAACACCGAUUAUGUCUGCAUUUCCGAUAACUAUUGGUUAGGCAAGAAACGUCCUUGCCUAACUUAUGGUCUUCGUGGUCUUGUUUACUUUACCGUCGAAGUUGAAUGUGCCCGCAAAGAUUUGCACAGCGGUGUCUUUGGUGGCACUGUACAUGAAGCUAUGCCUGAUUUAUGCUGGUUGCUAAGCACUUUGGUUGACAAAGAUACAAAAAUUUUAGUACCCGGCAUCGAAAGAGACAUUGCCCCACUUCUACAUAACGAAAAUGAAAUCUAUCAGAAAAUUGAUUAUGAGGUUGACGAUUACAAAAAUGACAUUGGAGCUUCCCAACUACCACACAAUGAGGAUAAAACCAAGUUGUUAAUGGCCCGUUGGCGUUAUCCUUCCCUCUCCAUACAUGGCAUUGAGGGUGCAUUCUAUGAGCCUGGUGCUAAAACCGUCAUUCCUGCAAAAGUCAUUGGUAAAUUUUCUAUUCGUUUGGUGCCAAAUCAAGAUCCCGAUCAUAUUACGGAAUGUGUUACUAAGUACUUGAAUCAGAAGUGGGCAGAACGUGGUUCACCCAACAAGAUGAAAGUAGCUUUGGUAUCGGGUGGUAAACCAUGGACUGAGGACCCCAAUCAUCCCCAUUAUGAGGCUGCCAAAACAGCUAUCAAGCAUGUAUUUAAGGUAGAGCCUGAUAUGACACGCGAGGGAGGUUCCAUUCCUGUGACUUUGACACUGCAGGAAGCUACUGGCAAAAAUGUCAUCUUGGUGCCGGUGGGAGCUUGCGAUGAUGGUGCUCACUCGCAAAAUGAAAAGAUCGAUAUAUACAAUUACAUUGAAGGCACCAAACUUUUGGGUGCCUAUUUGUAUGAGGUUGGCAAAUUGUAAAAAGCUGUGAAGAAAGACAUGUAUUUUAAAUACAUCGAAUACUGUUAUCCUUAUAAAAAAAAACAUCACAAUUCAAGAAGAAUAUCUUCACUCCAUUUUUUAAAUUUUAAUACUUUUGUAUUUAACAAUAAUAAAAGCAUAUAACAAAUGAA